GGCAUUGCAGAUGGCCCCACUUUACCUGCCAAGCAGAGCAGACGAGUGCCAGGGGUUUUCGGUCCACACCAAAAAUUAUCGCGAAAGGCCUGUCUAAUUCCAGUCCCGCCUUGUGUCCUCGAAAUCUCGACUCCCCAACGACAAGUCGCAUUUCCGCAACCAGACCUUCGCAAUGGCCAAACAAUCCCGCGGUGCCCCUGGUGGCAAGCUUAAGAUGACCCUCGGUCUUCCCGUUGGUGCCAUCAUGAACUGCGCCGACAACUCUGGUGCUCGCAACCUUUACAUCAUCUCCGUCAAGGGUAUCGGUGCCCGUCUCAACAGACUGCCCGCUGGUGGUGUUGGUGACAUGGUCAUGGCCACCGUCAAGAAGGGAAAGCCCGAGCUCCGCAAGAAAGUUCACCCCGCCGUCAUCGUCCGCCAGGCCAAGCCCUGGAAGCGCUUCGAUGGUGUCUUCCUCUAUUUCGAGGACAACGCUGGUGUCAUCGUCAACCCCAAGGGUGAGAUGAAGGGCUCUGCCAUCACCGGCCCCGUCGGUAAGGAGGCUGCCGAGCUCUGGCCCCGUAUUGCCAGCAACUCCGGUGUUGUCAUGUAAAGGGUUUAUUUGGGCGAAGUUGAUUUUGGGCAUUGCGGAAUUUCGACGAACACAAGAUUCUGGAACCUGGGAACUUGCGGAUCCCCCUUCCCCCGAAGACGGCGGAGGACAGGAAUCCGUGACACAAAAGGCCAUAAAAGGCUUGGGCUGGAUCGGGAAGGCUUUGCAUUUCUGGUGAGGUGUGCUAGGGAGUCAUACCA